CAAGGAAGUGAAAUUGUUUUUUUCCAUAGCCUUCAACCAGCAAGGACGCUGUGACAGACACUCAUCUGUGGUGUCAAAUAGAAACUAUGGCGCGUCUACUGAGGUCCAGUUUGAGAGGAUAUCUCACCACUCAGAUCAGAAUGUCAUCUGAUCAGUCUGUGCCUGUGUUUACCUUUGGUGCUCCUCAGCUCGGGGAGCUGGGGAAAGGGGCAGGCAAAGGAGGAGGAGGAGGAGGCGCCGUCCGGGAAGCAGGAGGUGCCUUCGGGAAGAAACAGGCUGCGGAGGAGGAGCGCUAUUUCAGGCAAAAGGAGAAGGAGCAGCUGGCCACUCUGAGGCGACACCACGAGGAGGAGAUCGAGCACCACAAGAAAGAGGUUGAGCGGCUUCAGCGCGAGAUCGACCGCCACAAGGGCAAGAUCAGGAAGCUGAAGCACGAUGACUGAGCUGGCCGCAACUACUUGCAGAACCAAAUCUCACACUCCAUACUUUCCCACCCUAUGCCAAAAUCACUUGGUGCCUGCAUGGCCACGCCGAUGAUCAUGCUUUAUGGUGUUGUUUCUGCGUAGCAGUAGAAUCAUGAAUAAAGUUUAAUUUUCCACA